GCUUGCAGCGUAUAAAAGUGGCAAUACGCCAUCGUCAGUGAAUUAGAUAUUGAAAUGCGUUUGGCUUUGGCGCUUCUGCUGCUGGUGGCUCUGAUCGCCAUGGCCACCGAUGCCCAAAGGAAUCGAAAAAGGACGAGUGCCAAGACUUUGGCUACCGCCACGUCCAGGAAAUCCCGAGCUGGAACCUCAAGGAGGCGUGCCUCCGCCAGCCGCAGAUCCGUGAUCAUCGUUGGCAACGGAAGCAGUAGCUCCUCCUCCAGUAGCACCUCCACCCCAUCCUCCCGAUGCCGGACAACUACCACAAGCUGCUAUGCCAACUCCAAUGUCUGCGGUCGGUGGAGCUCCAGUCGCAGGUGUCAUCGGUUCAAGAACAGGUGCCUCAUGGAGCGGGCCAACUGCCGGACAACCGUUUCAAGCUGGAAUGUGGUUAAUCUGGGCAACUGUUCGAGCAUAGCUGUCAACAAUACCGGCACCUGUACCAGCACCUUUUCAUCAUCCUCAUCGACCUCAACUUCCAACUCACAACUGGCCAGCAUACUCUCCUCCAUUCUGGGAUCAUCAUCGUCAUCCUCGAGGGUCACGCCCAUAAUUAUACGAAGAGGUUGACAUAUAUUAUUACAUUAUAAGCAAUCGAUUUUUUCUUUGUGCUACAUGAAUUGCUGAAUUUAAGAAUAAAUACAUUUUAGAGAACUAACUAACAAGUUUGUUUCUGCAUAUAAAGUUCACAUUUCCCUAAAGUCUUUUGCACUUUCGCCUACAAAACAAUGGCAUUGUAAAAUCACAUAAAAGCAUGACU